CUCGUUGGGACUAUGGGACUCGUCGUCAUUUCAUCAUCUCCCAAUCAUCCCUUCACACCACCAUCAGCGUCAGAACAAUCGUAGCACCUCACUUGCUCAACCACGACCACUGGCGGCGACGACGACGGUGAGAAAUCUUAAGACAAAUCAUGAAGGGGCUUCUUCUGUGUCUACUACUUGGAAACAUCUCCACCCUUGUGCUCAGUCAGUGUCGAGGGGGAAACACCGUGCGAUGGCGAGACCCGAGAGGAGUGACCCACAACUAUUUGUUUUCCUGGGAAAAUGCAGCCACGCGAGGUCAAGAGCUGGAGUGGGGGUCUGCUCAAGCCACUUGUCGACAGUACUGCAUGAAUCUCGUCAGUAUCGAAACUCCAGGGGAAAAUAAUUUCAUCAAGCAACGUAUUGCAAAUGCAAGAGUUCGAUACAUUUGGACGAGUGGGAGGAAGUGUAACGGAUGUAACUUAUUCAACGGAUGGUUUUGGUCAGGAUCUGGAGUUAGAAUUGGAUCCGCCAAUAAUCGUGCCAAUGGUGACUGGUCCCACACCGGUGGGGCUGGAAUUCCUCAGCCCGACAACAGAGAAAAUACUCCAGGUUUAGCCGGGUUCCGCAGGGGAAACGAGGAAUCCUGCCUCUCUAUAUUAAACAACUUUUACGGUGAUGGAUUGAAAUGGCAUGACGUUGCGUGCUACCACGUGAAGCCCUUUGUGUGUGAAGGUUAGACGCCUAAAAGAGUGCCGUCGUCGUCUUGGGAGUAAACAAUGGCUGCGGGGAGAGAAUGGCAGAAAAACCACGACCUAAAGCACAAUACUGCUCUUUUUAUUGUUAUCAUCUCACUAUAUUUAGAUAUACGUACGUCUAAUUGAAGGCCAGCUUGAAUAGUUUUUCACUAAUUUGUGUUGACUCACAUCUCUUCUCAUGUAAUUUUCUAUGUGAUUUUAUCCUAGUACAUAAGUAUAUAUCCAGAAUUUUGAAAUUUAUAAAAGUUUUCAUAUGAGAAUAAAAAUAUUUAUGUGUAUGACCAAGAA